AUGGGCUGCGUGAAUUCGGUGCCGAACCAAGUGGGGCAGACGUUCGACCCUGUCAUCAUGAGCGAUGACGCCGUCGAGCGGAAGAUGAGUAUUCUCCUGCGCGAAAAGCGCAAAGCCGCUCAACGACGUGGCGAUAUCUUCGGCGAAAGCGUUCAAUUCGACACCCCGCUGGAGCUCAAGAGUAUCGUGAAAUCGGCCGAGUCCACUGGAAUCAUUCGACAAGCGCUUCUCAACAACUUCCUCUUUUACACGAUCGGCCACAGCGACAUCGACUCGAUCGUCGACUUCAUGGCGGAGAAAUCUGCGGUGGCAGGCGAAGUCGUCAUCACUGAGGGCGACCCGGGCGACUUCUUCUACGUUGUCGAGACGGGCUUGUUCUCCAUUUCAGUGCACGGAAACGUCGUCAACACGGUUCAACGAGGUGCCACAUUCGGCGAGUUGGCGCUGGUCUACAAUUGCCCGCGUACUGCUACCGUGACCUGCUCGCAGUCUGGUCGCCUUUGGGCUCUCGACCGCGUGACGUUCCGGCGGUUGGUAGCUCGCAUCCAGUCAGAGCAGAUCGGCGAGUGCAAGAACGCUCUGCGCAAGGUAUCACUGCUCCACGCCUUGACCGAGACGCAACUCAGCCAGCUCGCCGAAGCAGCGCAGUUCGUCAAGUUCGCGAAGGGCGAUCGGAUCAUCAAAAAGGGCGAACGGGGCAACGUCCUGUACAUCAUCAAGAGCGGUGCUGUCGUCUGCACCGAUGUCGGCGAUGGCCACCGCAUGGAGUCGGUACGCCUCACUGAGAACGACUACUUCGGUGAGCGUGCGCUCAUGACCCACGAGCCCCGAGCGGCUAAUGUGACAGCGGAAACGGACGUGACUCUCAUUGCGCUGGACCGGCAAGCGUUUGACGACCAACUGGGCAGUCUCCGCGAAGUGAUCGACCACAACAUGAGCAUGCGCGUGCUCCAGUCCAUCCCGAUGUUAAAGGUCCUCUCGCCCAACGAGAAAGAAAAGCUCUUUUUGGCGCUGGAACCGGUUUCCUUCGCUGACGGCGAGUUCGUGAUCAAGGAGGGCGACCACGGCACCAUAUUUUACAUCAUCAAGAGCGGUUCGGCUGUCGUCGCGAAAUCCAUCAUCAGCACGGAUGAAAAUGGGGCCUCGACCUCGGAAAAGAGGCAGGUGGCCACGCUCAGCACCGGCAACUACUUCGGCGAGAUGAGUUUGCUUCACGGUGAGCCUCGACAGGCUGACGUGGUCGCAAACGGAAGCUUGGAGUGCCUAUCGCUCGACCAAGGCAAGUUUGUGGAGCUACUGGGUCCAAUUCAAGAGAUCCUGAACCGCGAGGCCGAGGAGCGUAAGAGCGCCUUGAAGAUGCAGGAGCAGAAGCAGAUCAAGUUAGACGAACUGGAGGUCAUGCGCACGCUGGGCUCGGGUACUUUCGGUCGUGUGAAGCUAGUGCGGCACAUACCUACAGGCGCCGCAUAUGCGCUCAAGGUGCUCAACAAGGCGUCUGUGGUGGCAUACAAGCAGCAACGGAAUGUGGUCAACGAAAAGUCAGUCAUGGCCCAGUGCAACAACCCGUUCCUGCUCAAACUCUUCACCACGUACAAGGACGCAGCGAGACUGUACCUGCUCAUCGAGUUCGUGCAGGGUGGCGAGCUGUUCACGUACUUGCACUCCACGCCAUCGUCACCAGGCCGACUACCGAACGACCAUGCACGAUUCUACGCGAGUCACGUGCUCAUGGCGCUCGAGUAUCUUCAUGAGCGCUGCAUUGUGUACCGAGAUCUGAAACCCGAGAACCUGCUCAUCGACCCGCAGGGAUACCUCAAGGUCGUGGACUUCGGGUUCGCCAAGGUGGUGGACGAUCGGACCUACACGCUGUGUGGCACCACCGAGUACCUAGCACCAGAGCUCGUGCUCGGUAAAGGCCACAACCGCGGUGUCGACUACUGGGCGCUGGGCAUCUUGAUCUACGAGAUGGUCGUCGGCCACUCGCCCUUCGCAGGAUCGAACCAGAUCGACCAGAUGCAGAUCUGCCGGAACAUCGUCAAGGAGAAAGUCGAGUUCCCAGGGUGGGUGAACUCGCCCUGCCGCGACAUCAUCUCGAAACUUCUGGAGCGCGACCUCACCAAGAGGUUGGGUCUGACCCACGGUGGCACGCGGGCCAUCCGAUCACACGCCUGGUUCGCGAAGCUGGAUUGGGACGCCAUGCUGCAGAAGAAGGUCAAUGCACCGUAUCGACCAAAGCUCGCAGACCCGCUGGACGCCUCCAAGUUCGAAGCCAUCAACGACCACGACGAAGAAGCUCCUGCGUACACGAUGGAAGGCUACGAAUGGGACAAAGACUUCUAGCAAACAACCACAACACAACACAAAAGCAAUCAACUGUAAAGAGGUAAUACCAUAAUAUAGAUUGCAGUAAGUACACCCC